GGGGUCGGUAGCCAAUGCGAGGGGCCGCCGCGCCAGGUGCGGUGCGGUGCGGUGCGCCCCCUGCCACCGCAAUCCGGGCAGGGCACGGAGAGGCGCGAGGGCUGGCGGUGGGUUUGGGGGGGGGCUUCAAAACCGGCGCCCGGUGCGUCGCCCCGGGAAGCAUCUCGCAGCUGCGGGAGGAGCAGGCCGGGAAGGGGGCGUGAAGAUCGGGUGGGUGCCGCGGCGGGGGGCUGCAGGCAGUAUACAGAGUCCGCCGCCCGUCCGCGACGGGAUCGGCGUCUCCCCGACGGGCUGGCCGGCCCGGGAAGAGCGGGAGCUAAGACACCGCUCUGAGGAAGCUCGCAGCUAACCGGCGUCACGGUGCGAGAAGCGGCCAGCGGCGGGGGAAGGCUUGCCGCUGGUUGGCAGCCAAGAGUUUUAACAGCAGCAGCCGCCCCCGAGGAGGGCGGAGGGUGAGGAGGUGACCCGCCGCUCUCGCGUCCUGCCCAGCCGAGGCGGAGAUGCUGGCAGCAGAGGCAGUGUCAGCCUUUUCCGCGCCCCCCGGCGCGGGGACUCUUACUGCAGCGGGGAGCCCGGGGGCCGGGCAGCCUCGCAGCUCUCGCCGCACCGCGGGAGGGGAACCGGCCCGCCCGGCGAGCCUGCUCGGACCCGGCUCCGUGCCUGUCCCGCUCCUUGCCCCCUGUCCUUCUCGCCGUCGGCCCUGUCCCUCUGCCCCGGGAUGCCGCCCAACCUCACCGGGUAUUACCGCUUCGUCUCCCAGGAGAACAUGGACAAUUACCUGCGCGCUUUAGAUAUCAAUGUGAUCUUGCGAAAAGUGGUUUGCCUUUUGAAGCCCGAUAAAGAGAUUAUCCACACGGGAGAUCAUAUGGUCAUCCGCACGAUCACUUCCCUGCGAGACUAUGUUAUGGAUUUCGACCUGGGAGUCCAGUUUGAGGAAGACCUGGGACCUGUGGAUGGGCGCAAGUGCCAGACAACCGUCUCCUGGGAAGGGGAUCAGUUGGUGUGUGAGCAGCUGGGAGAGAAGAGGAACCGAGGCUGGAGGCACUGGCUGGAGGGGGACCAGCUGCAUCUGCGCAUGACCGCUGAAGAUGAGGUGUGUGUCCAGGUUUUCCAGAAGGUGAAGUGAGCGCUCCGCCGAGGGAUGCCCCGCGUUGACAAAACAAACAAAGCCCGAGCGAGACGAGCUCCUCCGUAGCA